GUGCAUAUAUAGUUAGUUAUUAUGUGUCCGAUAUGGCUUGAAGGCAAUUAGUACUAUUGUUAUGAUUCGAAUAGGAAUGGAUACACUUUGCUGUAACGUCUCAGUUACUAUCAAGAGUUCAGAGUCAUCAGUUGACUUUUCUAUAUUUCACGCACGUUUCUUUUUUUUCCCUCUUUGCAUCCUAUAAAUAAAUUAUAUAAAUAAACAUUAAUAACAAAUUUUUAUAAAUAUUACUUCAAGUGCGUCAAUUAAUUUUUUUUUUUAAAGUACAGUUUUUCGCGUUUAAAAACAAUUCUUGUUUUACACAAUGUUUAAACAAAUGGAUUUGUAAUGUGUCGAAAAAUUUAUUUUUUAAAUGUGUCACAAAAGUGACUUGCUUUUUAAAGGUGUUAAAAAAAAUUAGCAGUUUCCUCAAUUUGUUAAAGAAGAAAUAAACUUGUGUUUUAAAAAACUGUUUAUUUUUUUCAAGUGACGAAAAAUGGAAAGAAAAAAAUGAAUCUCUCAAUUGAAAAAAUAAAAAUUUAGUGAAGAAAUAUAAUUAAAACAAUGUAAAGGACCUAAAGUCAUCACAUUUUUUUUUCAUUGAAAGCGGAUCAGUUGCAUCACGUUUCAACAUUCUCAAAGGAGUCAUUAGUUAACGGAAGAAGAAUAUUAGUCUUAAAAAUGUCGAGGUAGUAAAUCUGGAUUGUGUAAAAAUCUUAUACUGAAGAGAUGUAAUGAAAAGACGAUAAAUAAUAUUUUAAUACUAAUUGAAAUUUAAGCUGAUAAAUCAAAUACUCUCAUAUUUAUAUUUCGCAUUGGAAAAAAGAAAAUAUUCUUUAUGAAAUAGCAACGAUAUCUGAAAAAAAAUGAUGAUUAACGACAAUUUGGAGGUGGGUAGGGCAAAUUUAUUUUUUCUCAAGGAAGAAAAAUCCUCAAUUGAGAGAGAAGAAACGAGAGCUAAUUUGAAUUUAGGAGCCUCGGAUGAUCCACCAGGUAAAUCGAGCAAGUCGACGCAAAUAGAUAUUUCACAAUCGACUUGGAAGACAACUUAUGGCCAAAGAUCAAGACCAUUGUCAAUGGGUCAUUUAUCUAGACAAACACAAUAUGUAGAUUCAAAUUAUUCGGGUAUUUCACCGGCUCAAAGUGAAUUAAUUCUUUCACCAAGAAAUCGUCAUCAAAAUAGAUAUAUAGCUGUUGAUAUGAUGAAAUUAAUGUCAAAUAAUUCACAAUCUGGAAAUCAUUUACCAAUUAAUAAUCAAAAUUGUAAUUGUUGUUGUAUGUGUAAUAAUGGUUCACAUAAACAAAAUGGAUCUGGCCCCGAUGCAUUGGAAGAUCAAAAUGGACCAGAAGGUCUCUCAUGGAGAAGAUUGCAUAUGAGUAGAGCAAAACUUAAAGCCACUGCAACCACAUCUGAACUUUUAAGUGGUUUUGCAAUGGUGGCUAUGGUAGAGUUGCAAAUAAAUGAGCCAACAGAAGUUCCUGAAUGGCUAUUCGUAAUGUUUGCCGUCUGUACAACUGUACUAGUUUCUGUUCAUAUAUUCGCAUUAAUGAUAAGCACAUAUCUUCUGCCAAAUGUAGAGGCAAUUAGUAAACUUCAAGUCGCCAGUCUUGUUACGGAAUCACCACACGAACGAAUGAGAGGUUUUAUUGAAUUGGCCUGGGCAUUUUCAACAGUAUUAGGACUUUUUCUCUUUCUUGUUGAGGUCGCUAUUUUGUGUUGGGUGAAAUUUUGGGAUUAUUCAUUUACUGCUGCUACAGCAAGUACUGUAAUUGUGAUACCUGUGCUCAUUGUUUUUGUUGCAUUUGCCGUUCAUUUUUAUCAUUCAUUGGUUGUUUAUAAGUGCGAGACUUCUGUAACGGACAUGAAUGAAUUAGAAAACAUAAAAAGGAAGUUAGACAACGUGACGAUCAAUCAAAGUAGUGUGUAAAUAAAUCCAAUGCCAAUUUUCUUGAUUCAUAAUAGUAUACAAAAAUUUUUUCUUAAGACUUUUUGUCCUAUAGGCGUUUUGACGGAAUAAUUAUAUUUUAUACAUUAAUUUCAAUAAGUUUAAUAAAAAAAAAAUUAAUAAAAUGACAA